CCUCAAAAGGUUCCUGUCCUCGCAGAUAUAAAUUUGAGCAGCAACCUUAAAACCCUAAAGUUCCUCCGCAACCCGCCUCAGAUCGUCGCUACUCCGAAGUCGAGAGGUAAUGGCUCCAAAUACUGGCCUAUUUGUGGGAUUGAACAAAGGGCAUAUUGUAACCAAGAAAGAAUUAGCUCCUCGUCCUUCUAACCGCAAAGGAAAAUCUAGCAAAAGGGUUUUGUUUGUGAGGGGUUUGAUCAGGGAAGUUGCUGGUUUUGCUCCAUAUGAGAAGAGGAUCACUGAGCUUUUGAAAGUUGGUAAGGACAAGCGUGCUUUGAAGGUGGCCAAGCGAAAGUUGGGCACGCACAAGAGAGCUAAGAAGAAGAGAGAAGAGAUGUCCAGCGUUCUCCGCAAGAUGAGGGCCGGUGGAGGUGCUGAAAAGAAGAAAUGAGAACUCUGUUACGUGAAGUUUACUGUUUAUCUUUCUUAGAAGUUAGUAACUAGAGACAUCUGCUAUGUUUUUGUUUAGAGACAUCUGCUAUCUUUCUUAGAAGUUAUUUCAUUGAAGUUCAUUAUCGAUAAUUUUGUUUUGAGCCAUUUGUGGAUGUGAAAUGAAUUAUAGUUUGUUUAUGAAGCUGUUUGCAUUGAUGCAAAUGUUGCAAAUUUAUGCAUUGAUUGUUAUCAUA